AUGCUCGAAAGACUUCCGGUUGAAGUGAUUCGACUGGUAUUUAAACAACUUGCGACGACUCCAGACCUCAUUCACUACGACAAUGUCGAGCAGAAUACAUACCACCGCAACAGCUGGAAAGCCCUUGCCCAGCUUUGCAAAGUCUCACGACAAAUAAAAAGUAUCGCCGAGCCUUUGCUAUAUCAGAACUAUGCAAGACCUGACUCUACUUCGAAUCCUGUGGCACACUACUCUUUCCGGAAAUUCCUCACCACGGUACUUAGACGACCGGAACUCUUGAAACAUGUUUGCUCACUCUACAUUGGUGCUUGGCGACACUAUCCUGAGCGAGAGCUGCAGCAUGCUGCGAAGAGUAAAUUUCCUGCCUGCACCGCUCGCGUUUGCGAUACGCACUUUUCACCGGAGUUGCACAGUCUUUACAGCAAGUACGCCAAUGUCUCGAUCCUUGGCGACGAGUGGAAAGAAGCACUCGAUGCCGGUGAAGAAGCUGCAGAAAUCGCUCUCUUGAUGAGCUUAACGCCGAACCUAGAGCGAAUCGAGUUUUCCAUGCCACACCUGAGUCUAAAUCUUACACAUGCCUCUCCAAGAUACUUCUGGCCAAGACUACUCGCAGCUUCGGCCGGAUGGGACCCCUCUAAGCACUUUCACCGAUUGGACUGUAUCAUGGUUCAUAAAAGAAAUCUGAUACCAACACUACCAGAAUCUGCCGAGUAUGGUUUUGAGAUCGAUCCAUUCUUACCAUUCAUUGGUCUUCCCAAACUAAAGGUCUUCUGGGUUGAGAGCGACAACUACGGCUCAUACCGGAAGCUCUCAGAAGAGUAUCCUCUGAAUGAAGAGGAGUCGCAUCUUACCGACCUUACACUCGGAUUAUCCUACAUUCAUCCGAUGAAGUUGAUGCAGAUUCUGAAACGCUGUACCAAAUUAGAAGCAUUUGUUUGCGACUUCCAGCCAGAACUCAUUUACAUACCAGGUUUCUCGUGGAACACCAUUGGAGAAGCACUGGAAGGCAGUCGUCAAACGCUUGAAGAGCUCACACUGGGUGCUGAUAUGUCCUCUCAACUAGCUACCGAGGAAUUCACCGGCUCCGAAGGCACCUGUGUGUCGAUCGGAUCACUCAAGAAGUUUACCUCGCUCAAAAAGCUUGAUGUCCUGCAAACUACUCUCUUGGGAUUUGAGAACAUGAUUGAUGAGAUGAACUUGGUUGUACCUGCAUCACCCUUUAGAGACAUGUUGCCAAGCAGUCUUGAGAGUAUCACCAUUGAUAUAUGCACUCUGACUAUCGUGCCCUAUUUGGAGAGCAUGUUGGCCAAGCUUAGGCAAAACUUCCCAUAUCUUCAAGAGAUGCGGCUGAGUGAUAUUGAUUUGAUGGAGUUCGACACGAAUAAUUGUACAGGACAGCAGUUCGAGGUAUUGAUGCAAGGUCGAAGAGACCGCGUAAACCUUCUGAAAGCGGGGUUCGUCCAAGCAGGUGUCAAGUUGCGGUGA